GCUUAAUUAGGACAGCUCUAAUGAACAUGGACAGAGAAGCAAAAGAAUAUUACGAAGUGAUUAUCCAGGCCAAGGAUAUGGGUGGACAGCUGGGAGGAUUAGCUGGAACAACCACAGUCAACAUCACCCUCUCUGAUGUCAAUGACAACCCCCCCAGAUUUCCACAGAAGCAUUAUCAGAUGAGUGUGCUGGAGUCUGCUCCCGUCAGCUCCACGGUGGGCCGCGUGGUUGCCAAGGACCUGGACGAAGGCAUCAAUGCGGAGAUGAAAUACAGCCUCGUGGAUGGAGAUGGACUGGAUGUCUUUGAUAUUAACACUGAUCCUAAUUACCAAGUUGGCAUCAUCACUGUGAGAAAGCCUUUAAGUUUUGAGAGCAAGAAAAGCUACACCUUGAAAGUAGAAGGUGCCAACCCCCACCUGGAAAUGCGGUUCCUGAACCUGGGUCCCUUCCGUGACACCACCACUGUCCACAUCAGCGUGGAGGAUGUGGAUGAACCUCCUGUGUUUGAGCCCAGCUUCUACUUUGUGGAAGUGCCCGAGGACGUGGAGAUCGGAACCACCAUACAGAUCAUUUCUGCCAAGGACCCAGAUGUGACCAACAACUCCAUCAGAUACUCGAUUGACAGGAGCAGUGAUCCAGGGCGGUUCUUUUAUGUCGACAUUACAUCAGGAGCACUGAUGACUGCAAGACCUCUUGACCGGGAGGACGUUUCUUGGCACAACAUCACUGUGCUGGCCGUGGAGCUGAACAACCCCUCGCAGGUGGGAAGCGUCUCCGUGACAGUGAAAGUCCUGGAUGUGAACGACAACGCGCCGGAGUUUGCAAGGUUUUACGAAGCUUUUGUUUGUGAAAACGCCAGAGCGGGGCAGCUGAUCCAGACAGUGAGUGCCAUCGACAGGGAUGACCCACAGGAGGGUCAGCACUUCUACUACAGCCUGGCUCCGGAGGCAGCCAACAACCCCAACUUUACUCUAAGGGACAAUCAAGACAACACGGCGUGGAUUUUGACACGGCGCUCUGGCUUUAGCCAACACGAGCAGAACACCUUCUACCUCCCCAUCCUGAUCAGCGACAACGGCCGCCCGGCGCUGAGCAGCACGGGCACGCUGACCGUGCACGUGUGCAGCUGCGGUGACGACGGCAUGGUGAUGUCCUGCAACGCGGAGGCUUACGUCCUCCCCGUCAGCCUGAGCAGAGGGGCACUCAUCGCCAUCCUCGCCUGCAUCUUUGUCCUGCUAGUGCUGGUGCUCCUCAUCCUCUCCAUGCGGCGCCAGCGGAAGCAGCCGUACAUCAUCGACGAGGAGGAGAACAUCCACGAGAACAUCGUCAGGGACGGCGACGAGGGCGGCGGGGAGGAGGACACGGAGGCCUUCGAUAUCGCCGCCAUGUGGAACCCGCGGGAAGCCCAGCUGGCGGUGAAAAGCCGGCAGGACAUGCUCCCCGAAAUAGAGAGCCUCUCCCGCUACGUGCCUCAGGCGUGCGUCACGGACAACAACGUCCACAACUACGUGCUCGCCAAGCUCUACGAAGCUGACAUGGACCUGUGGGCUCCUCCCUUUGACUCCCUGCAGACGUACAUGUUUGAAGGGAACGGCUCGGUGGCGGAGUCGCUCAGCUCCCUGCAGUCGGUGACGACGGACUCAGACCAGAGCUACGACUACCUGACGGACUGGGGGCCGCGCUUCAAAAAGCUGGCCGAGAUGUACGGUGCCACGGACAGCAGCGGGGCUCUGUGGUAAUGGACGCCGAGCGGCCAAGGCGUCUCCGUGCCAAGUGGUGUCCGGUUAGGUCCAUUCUCAUCAGAUGCUUCCAUGGACAUGGGUGAGGCCUCCUGAAAAAUAGCAAUACGGUGCUUGGAUGGGAAUGGGAAGAAGGGUGCGAAUGAAGGUCUGUCUCUCUGGAUCAGCUUUACUCAGUUAAAUUAAGUCACAUUUUUGAAACAGCAAGAAGCAGAAGGAAGGAAGUUUUUUCCUGGUUUUUAUAGUGAAAUUGGAAAGCUCCACACCUGGAAUAUAAUGACAUGACUCUGUCUCUCCCCCUUUCUCUCUCCCUUGUACACGGCAGCUUACUGAGCUCUGUAUGUCUGGGUUCAAAGAUCUGCAAACUCCAACUGUAAUCUCCGACUCGCUGAGAAAUUGCCAGCACGGAAAUGUUUUUCCCCACUGGUUAUUCUCCCCCAUUAGGAAAGAAAAAAAUUGCUUGCUAACAAGAAGGAAAAAAAAAAAAUCCCACAAAGCAGAAAAUUGAAACUGGAAUCUCAGAGGGCUUUUUGUAAACUAAACCUCCUCUCUCUGUUGCUAACAGAGUCCUUUUUUAAUCCUUUAGAAGCAAGGCUGAGGGUUUUUUUCCCACCUGGCUGAGAGGGCUGGGGAAGAGGCUUUGAAUUUCUGCUCUAGUUUAAUGGCUGAUCUGUGAGUCAUUGGCGUUAACACUAAUCCAUCUCCUAUCAAGUUUGUGUAAAUUUAUUCUCGGCUCUUUAAAACCAUGACUCCGCUAAACUGCUCAGAAGAAAACUGGAAAAUCUGCCUCUUUUGCACUGUAGAUGUCUCUUCCAUGUGCCAAAUGUGAAGAUUAGAUUCUACCAAUGAAAGCCAAAUAAAUUUUAAAAAAAAGGAAAAGCUAUAUUUGGUAACUACAUGGGUUAGAUGGGCUUUCCUAAUCUGUGUGAGGUCAAUCCAAGGGAUGUUUACAUACUGUAGAUAACCUACUUGAACAAAUGCAGUAUUAUAGACCAAUAAAUGGAUGUAAGAAAAUUACAUGUAUAAGUUUUGUAUAUUUGUUAAUUUUGGUAAUAAAUAUGAUGUACUGC